UUCCUCCUUUUUGAUUUUCAUCAUUCAUAUCAUCAUUCAAGAAAAUAUAAGUAAAUAUUCCAAAAAAAAAAGAAAUCAUAAAUUUAAACGAGUAACAAACCAAAAUCUCUGCUCGCCUACACAUCGUCGUCUUUUUUGUGGUGCCGUUUUACACCGAAAUACGAAAGAUGAUGAAAAUCGACAAAGUAUAUCUUUGAAAAAAUGUAUGUGCGUGUAUGCGCGUGUAUCGAAAUAGAGUGUUUUUUAUCUAAUAAUUCACUUAACGAUAAUUUUCGGGAUCGGCAUAAAAACAGUGGCAACAAGACUAUGAACGAAAUCGUCUGAAAGGAACUCAUCAAUUUUCAUCUUGAUUGAGCUGCCUCCGGAAGACCAUGUCUAAGUGAAAACGUCCUCAGUAUUUCGUGGGAAAAUCCUUUUGCGAGUCGAAGGGCGAAAAGGAUAUGUCGCGUUUCGCACACGAAAACACCAUAAUUGGUUUCUUUAGAUUACAUACAUACAUUUUCCCUUAGAAGCGUCCUGCUCUGUCGAGACAAAAUACAAUUUUUGCUGGUAUGUCCGAAGAUCCCGAGUGAUUUUCGGAUUGUCAGGACGAUGUAACACCUAUGAUGACGAUCGCUGGAGAGAAGAGUGUUGUUUGUUCCGAGCACCCUAAGUACAUUAUAAUGGAGACAGUGUAUCCUUGAUAGGGAUCCCGUGAAUGCGAAAAUACUUCUCGGGCGGUCUAGAUCGUCCGUUUUUUGGCAGGACGUCUCCUAAGGUCGUGAUCAUGUUAAGGCGAAAUUUUUUCAAAGUAAAAAACAUGGAAUUCGCAAAUAGUGAAGUUAACGGUUAGACCGACAGACUGCAGUCGAACUCCCCAUAACCCUCGCGACGCUUACAUUCGGGGUGAAAAAUAUCGUGUUUGUCUCGUCCUGCAAGUUUAUGGUUUAUAAUGGAAAUUAACGGGCACAGUGGAUAAUUUCGGUGUUUGAAGGAAAUCAGAAAUUAAUUUUUCUGAAUUCCAAGAAAAGGUGAAACUUCUGUGUGCAAAAAGGACAUCGGCGUGGAGUGUUGAAAUCGCCAACGCAUAUUUUAGAGGAAAGCAGAGAAUAAACGCAAGACAGAAAACGUACGUCAAAAGGAGGCUUUCAAAAAACAUGUUACAACCGAAACCCAGGAGCGCUCUACUCUUGCUAAUCCCAGGGAAAUAGCUAAUAACUCUGGAGACAAUACAACAUGUGUAUCGGCAUAAAAUGACUUCACUCAAUGCUAAUGCAAAUGGACAACGACAUAAGGCAGUAAUAAAUCUCUCCUCUCAGGAGAAAGCUAUCUAGAAAAAUAAAGUCAUUCAGAUACUUAACCGUUACGUCUAGAUGUUAAAGAUAGUUUUAUCCAAUGAAGUCGAAUUGGAUAUUCAACAAUUAGAUGUAGAAAUUACCAAAAAGGCCCUGGCCCAACAUUGAGUAUAAUUGAAACACGGAGCCAACGCAGAAGCAGAUGCGAACAAACCUAUCCGGAACAAUUUGACCAAAUUAAAGAGACGGAAAGAAGGAUCGACUUGGAAAAUUGUCAAUUAUGAUUGAUUUAUGAUAUUACCGACUAUUGGCCACGAUAUUCCGGUAUCGUGCUUUGCAAGCGUGCAUCGGUGAAAUCAGUCAAUGGCUGAAUAGGAGUGCACGCGAAGUGUUUUUUUAGUGAAAGCAUACCCGGAACUUUCCCGGUGAAAUAGUAACAAGGAUUGAAAAAUGGUAUCAUAGGACAAAAUGACUAGAAUUUAUAACAUUCGUGAAACUUUGUAUAAUUUACGAUAAAAUCGGCCAGAAAUAACCGCGUCAAUGUAUGGUGCGACAUCUUGUAAGCCACACGAUUGGUGGCUUAUUGUGUGAUGAUUCGCGCAGGUGCAAGCGACCGUAUAGGUGUUUUGUGGGUACGAAUCCUCGAGUAGCGUCGGUAUUAGGAUUGAGCGGACGAAGCUUGUCAUAGUAGUUGUCGUUGUUGUCGCUUUUCAUCGUCGUCCUUUGCAGAUUCAUCAUCGCAACAGCUUACUUCUAGCAAAUCCUUCCUCUCAAUGUAUGAGUGUGUUCCGUCGUGAUUUCAUUAAGGACAUUUGGUCGAUUGGCGCUCGUUUUAUCAUUCAAAUAUGGUGUUGCCCGAUGGGUUUUAUGGAAUAGUUGAUAGCAACAGCAACAUAAAAUCAAUUUUUCAAUCAACAAAACCAACCGCAACACAUACAACAGCAGCACACACAUCGGCCCAAACAGCAGCCACUACAAUAUUAACUGCAGCCGCAUCUGGUCAACCAAUAACUGGACAAUAUCAUUUCAGCUGUGGCAACACUAAUUUGGCACAAUUAGAAUUUGAGAAAUCUAGACAACAUUUAAGAAUUUUCGAAGCAGACAUUCUGCGCGAUGACGACAAUUCCGUGAAAAGGACGAAAUCGUAUUGUAAUGAAAGGAAUAGGAAUCGUAGGAGUAGCAGUAGACAUAGUAGUGAUAGACAUAGCGACAGGAUUACAGCUACAGCAGCCAGGCUACAAACGAAAUGUAUUCUGGAUUCGAUGUGGUGGUUCGAUGAAGCGACGAUAGUGAAUUUUAAUCGAAAACGUUUUCAAGGAUUAAGCAAAUAUUCGUGGAUAUUUCUACUGAUUUAUUUGAGCCUGUCUGUGAAAUUUUGUAUAGCCGGUUAUCACGAAAAACGUCUAUUGCACGAUUUAUUGGAUCCCUACAACACGUUGGAGCGACCUGUAUUAAACGAAUCGGACCCAUUACAACUGAGCUUUGGACUAACACUGAUGCAAAUAAUUGAUGUGGAUGAAAAAAACCAACUUCUCGUAACAAAUGUUUGGCUGAAAUUGGAAUGGAACGAUAUGAAUCUACGAUGGAAUACUUCGGAGUAUGGUGGCGUCAAGGAUCUACGAAUACCACCGCAUCGUAUAUGGAAACCGGAUGUAUUAAUGUAUAAUAGUGCUGACGAAGGUUUCGACGGUACCUAUCCGACAAAUGUAGUUGUACGUAAUAACGGUUCCUGCCUAUAUGUACCACCUGGAAUAUUUAAGUCAACAUGUAAAAUCGAUAUAACAUGGUUUCCAUUCGAUGACCAACGAUGCGAAAUGAAAUUCGGCAGUUGGACAUAUGAUGGAUUUCAGUUGGACUUGCAGUUACAGGAUGAAGCUGGAGGUGAUAUUAGUAGUUAUGUAUUAAAUGGUGAAUGGGAACUUCUGGGCGUUCCCGGCAAACGUAACGAAAUUUACUAUAAUUGUUGUCCAGAGCCAUAUAUCGAUAUUACAUUCGCUAUUAUAAUACGCCGUCGUACGUUAUAUUAUUUUUUCAAUUUAAUCGUUCCAUGUGUUCUAAUAGCAUCAAUGGCCCUAUUGGGAUUCACACUGCCACCAGAUUCUGGAGAGAAAUUAUCGUUAGGUGUGACAAUACUUCUCUCGUUGACUGUCUUCCUUAAUAUGGUGGCAGAGACGAUGCCCGCAACGUCUGAUGCUGUUCCACUUUUAGGUACAUAUUUCAAUUGCAUAAUGUUUAUGGUAGCCUCAUCCGUUGUGUCAACGAUAUUAAUAUUAAAUUAUCAUCAUCGAAAUGCCAAUACUCAUGAGAUGUCCGAAUGGAUACGUGUAGUGUUUUUGUAUUGGUUGCCGUGCAUACUGCGUAUGAGUAGACCGGGCAGGACAUUUAGCUUACAAUUUCCACCGACACCGUGUUCGGAUACAUCAUCGGAACGUAAACAUCAGAUUAUAUCAGAUGUUGAAUUGAAAGAGAGAUCCUCAAAGUCACUACUAGCUAAUGUUUUAGAUAUUGACGAUGAUUUUAGAAAUUGCAGACCAAUUACCCCAGGAGGAACACUGCCACAUAAUCCUGCUUUUUAUAGGACUCUAUAUGGUCAAGGCGAUGACGGUAGCAUCGGACCAAUUGGUAGUACACGUAUGCCUGAUGCUGUUACGCAACAUACGUGCAUGAGAUCAUCAACUGAUUAUGAAUUAAGUCUAAUUUUAAAGGAAAUCCGUUUUAUAACCGAUCAGCUCCGGAAAGAAGACGAGGAGAAUGAUAUAGCCAAUGAUUGGAAAUUUGCAGCUAUGGUCGUUGACAGACUGUGCCUUAUCAUAUUCACAAUGUUCACAAUAUUAGCUACAAUAGCUGUACUAUUUUCAGCACCACAUAUUAUUGUCUCGUAGCCAUAUGAGAGAGGUUAUUGUUAUUGGUUUUA